UCCCUUACAAUCAGCACGUUGGCCUGUACUAUCCGCUGCAAGCGUCUCAAUAUGCCAAUGCGAGCCGGUGGAAGCGUGACCACCUCCCUAGACAGGCACUAUCAUUGUUCUUCACCAUGUGGGUAUUCGGUGUCCUCAUGUACCUCAUCGGCAGCACCAUCCUCUACCACACCGUGUUCGACAAGUCCCUCAUGAAGCAUCCUCGCAUCUUGCACCAGCAGGUUCGACAGGAGAUCAAGCAGGGUCUAUUAGCCAUGCCUCUGAUGUCCAUACUGACUGUUCCAUUUUUCCUUCUUGAGAUUCAUGGAUGGUCGAAACUAUAUGACUUCGCGAGUCAGGAGCCCUUCCCUGGAUAUUCUUAUCUUCAAUACCCGCUAUUCAUAUUCUUCACGGAUACCGGGAUCUAUUGGAUCCACAGGUGGGAGCACCAUCCUUCCGUCUAUCGCUUCCUGCACAAAAAGCAUCAUAAGUGGGUCGUCCCGACACCGUACGCCAGCUAUGCGUUCAACCCGUUGGAUGGAUGGGCCCAGAGCCUGCCCUACCACAUAUUCCCGCUGCUGUUCCCCUUGCAGAAAUGUGCCUAUCUGGGGCUUUUUGUCUUUGUCACAAUGUGGACCCUUGCGAUACGUAUGUACACCUUCUCUUAACAAUCGAUGGCAAGACGAUGACUGACCGCUUGAUCAGACGACGCCGAAUGCCUUUCGCGGUCUGAAGUGAUCAACGGACCCGAGUGUCAUACGUUGCAUCAUCUGUACUUCAACUAUAACUAUGGACAAUUCACCACGUUCUGGGACCGACUGGGUGGCACAUAUCGCAAAGCCAAGGGAGACGAGCUGAAGCAUAAGAACGAGUAGGAAGGUGGUUUCGGAUGAAUGGUCCGGAAGGGCUGACUGACUUGGUAUCACGACGUCAACUGGUAUAAUCCGUGGCUCUUGUAUGCUGUACAUAGAUGUAUAAUAUGAGUAAAUAUUAAUAUGGACAUCGCUCACGGUGUUCUUUCGUCCGUCGCA